AACCAUGUCCCCAAAGUAUCCAAAUGUUUACUUCCACAAAAAAUUAAAAUAAUUAUAUUAAAUUUAAUGAAAAUAAUUAAUAAUGCAUGAUGCAGCUGUUGAAGACUAGUGAGCAGCGGGAGGUGAGGUCGCCUUCCUCGUUUGCGUCAACAUUCUAACUCAUUCCUCUGCGACCUCCACUUCCUGCACAUGAAUUUCCUUGAAAUUCUCAACUAUUUUCAUGUCAAUUCCCUAUUCUGCCCUCUUCAUUUCCUCAAAAUUCCACUGCCGAUCACGCGGACACGCACCUCUCUCCUCUUCGUCUUCUUCCACCCUCCAAAUAUAUAAAUAAAUACAUUCAAAUCAAUUGGAGCGAUCGACCCAUAUCUCUGUAGCUGUUCAUAAAGCCCCCUCCAAAAGUCUUGGUUCUUACUUCUCGGAGAGUUCUGCUGGCAGCCCCUACAUAUCAUUGAGCACCUGGAAGGAAUAAAUGACGCGCAUCCAGUUAACAUAUGGCUGCUUCUGCUCCUUGAUGAUUUCAGCCAUUUUUCUUGAUUAAAACAGUUCGAUGCCUGGAUUAGCAAUGAAUGAAUUAAAUACGAAUAACGCAUCAGAUGAACGUAGUGUGGGUUAUACGCCUCAUAAGGAGAAAUUUACUCAACAAGUAUCACCGAGGAGUCCACUUAGCUCAAGUAACAUCCGCAGUGGCUCUAUUGAUCUGCCUAUUGAUGGGUUGGUGGACAACUCUAUUGAGCAAUUGUGUCGCGAUGUGUGUGAAUUGCUGAGUUCUGAUCACUCACCCUCCAGGGUUAGUUUUUACUCAUUUGGUGAAGAGUCAAGGAUCGAUUCGGAAUUACGCCAUCUAGUUGGAGAUUUUGCAGGGCUGGAGAUUACAAAUGAGCUAGCUACAGAGUCCAAAGAGGAAAGAAAUACUAGCGGAUCAACUCCUGAAAAAGAUAUCGCAUCAGAUGGUAACAAGUCUACAAAGAACAAGGACGUGAAUCAAUCAACCAAAUCAACCUGCAAAAGCAAAAACUUGCGUGAAAAGCCAUCUAUUGGCAAGAGGAAUGAGAAGAAUUCCAAAAAAGCAAGUCCUCUUUAUAAUCUGAAGAAUCAGAGGAAUGUUGGUUUGCUUGGUGUGAAGUCGCAGAAUAUGAUUGAAGGACCUAUUGACGACCCAGAAACGGGACCACUCUUACUUAAGCAAACAAGAGAAAUGAUCUCUUCAGGUGAGAAUACGCAGAAGGCUCUUGAUUUGGCUCUUAGAGCUCUGAAUUCGUUUGAGAUAUGUACAAAUGGGAAACUCAGUUUGGAAAUGGUUAUGUGUUUGCACGUCUUGGCAACAAUAUACUGCAAAAUAGGACAACAUAAUGAAGCCAUUCCUAUUCUGGAGCGUUCCAUUGAUAUUCCUGUUUUAGAACAUGGCCAAGACCACGCACUAGCUAAAUUUGCGGGGUGCAUGCAUUUGGGUGACACUUAUGCAAUGAUGGGGCAUAUGGAGAAUUCAAUAUCUUUUUACACACAAGGUCUGAAAAUCCAAACACAAGCCUUGGGAGAAACAGACCCAAGACUUGGUGACACAUUUCGUUAUGUGGCUGAGGCUCAUUUCGAAGCACUGCAGUUUGAGGAGGCCAAAUAUCUUUGUCAAAAGGCUCUUGAUAUUCACCGAAAAAAUAGGUAUGCCACUUCCCUUGAAGAAGCAUUAGAUAGGAGACUCAUGGGACUAAUUUGUGACUCAAAGGGUGAUUAUGAAGCUGCCCUUGAUCAUUAUGUUCCAGCUAGCAUGAUCAUGGCAGCGAAUGGCCUAGAAUUAGAUGCAGCUUCAGUUGAUUGCAGCAUUGGAGAUGCCUAUUCAUUUUUGGGACGCUAUGAUGACGCAGUUUUGGCUUAUCAGAAAGCACUCGCAGUGUUCAAGUCAACAAAAGGGGAGGAUCAUGCAGUUGCUUCAGUUUAUGUACGUUUAGCUGACUUGUACCACAAGACAGGAAAGCCUAAGGAAUCAAAAUAUUUCCGUGAAAAUGCGGUAAAAAUUUUUGGUAAGACAACCCUGAACCCUUGGAUCCCCUCAGAAGAGAUUGUAAGUGGGUUAAUAGAAGUUGCUGCUACUUAUGAAUCGAUGAAUGAUUUAGAGCAGGCUGUGAAGUUACUGAAGAAGGCGUUGAAGAUAUAUGAUAAAACCCAUGGUCAACAAAGCACUGUCGCGGGAAUUGAAGCCCAAAUUGGGGCUAUGCAUUAUAUGCUAGGGAACUAUUCUGAUUCUUACAGGAGCUUUAAGAGUGCUAUUGACAAGUUUCGUGCCAGCGGAGAGAACGAAUCUGCUUCGUUUGGGAUUGUACUGAACCAAAUGGGUCUUGUCUGCGUGCAGCUUUAUGCGAUAAACGAAGCGGCAGAAAUGUUCCAAGAGGCUAGGAGUAUAUUGGAACAAGAAUAUGGCCCAUAUCACCCUCACACCUUAGGGGUGUGCAGCAACCUAGCAGCCACUUAUGACGCAAUGAGCAGGGUCGACGAUGCCAUAGAAAUUUUGGAAUAUGUGAUUGGCCUGCGAGAAGAUGAGUAUGGAACAACAGCUUCAGAUUUGGAUGAUGAGAGGCGCAGGCUGGCAGAUUUGUUGAAAGAAGCAGGCAGGGCUCCAAAAACGCAACAUCGAUAACACUACUUGAAAUUUCGGUCAAUUCCAUCUCGUGAAAAAGACGGCAUAAAGAUUAUUGACGCAGAUAAUGCAUAUAGUAUAGGAUGAAAUUAAUUGCUUUACUUCUUUUGAUCAUCAUUUGUAAAGUCAGAAAGUCAAUAAAUAAAUAAAUAAAUAACUACAAAGUGGAAAUAAUUUGCUCUUCCCCGUCAUCUAUCUCUCAAAAGAUUCCCAGAGUUAGCUGCGUUUGCAUGUAUUCCCUGUACUAUAGAUAACGAGGUAGUUUCUUAUUUGUUUCCUAGCUUCUUGUAAAAUAAAAAUAAUUUCAGUAAUAAGAAUGGUUAUAGAAGAGAGGAAUUUACAGUCU